GUGGAAACCAUUUCGCAAUUGCGGAGAGUACACUCCCAAUGAGGGGGAAAAUUGUCAUGAGAAAGUGAGAGAACAAUUGAAAAACGAAGAACAAUUUGUAUACGCCUGGUAAAAACACAGUAGUUAUUGCGCUGAUAAUGUUCGGUCCAGCUUCCUGAGGCACCAGGACAUGUCUUGGGGCUGCUCUAUGGAACCCGGCAUGAGCUCAUACAGGGGAAAGUAACUGGAAGGGGAACGCUGAAGAAAAACAUACUAUUCUAAGGGAAAGAAAGACAUGUACAACUGUCUGUUUCUCUCAUUGACCUGUCUAUGCAUUCUCCCGGGUCAUGAUGCAGAGGAGUGUGUAACUUCUAUCUUGGCAAAGAGAGGUUCUGUUAAUGUACCAAAAGGGGGCACUCUUUCCCUAUCCUGUGUUGUUCAGCAUUGUGGAGAUGAUGGCUGGACAGGAGGAUGGGGUCUGUCAACAGAGGGACAGUUCCUUCUCUUUAGUCCCACUCCAAGGCAUCAUCUCUCCAACGUCACGUUGACAACCAAUAGAACCCGUCUGCUCAUGGACAUCCUCAACGUCAACCAAUCAGAUUAUGGAACGUACCAAUGCCAGAUCACCUGGGUUGAGGGAUACACCAGUGUUGGACAUAUGACACAUGUGAACAUUACUGCAGCCACACCACCCACAUCCGUGUGGAAGGUCUAUUCCAGGGUGGCGGUGUAUGUAAGUACCUGUUUGGUAAUCACCCUGGUUUUGGUUCUGGGUCUGGCUUGCCAUAGAAGGUCAAAGGUCCCGUCUCAGCCCCCACCAAUACCACCGCCGAACCCCCCGCCACGAUCCCGAAGCGCAUGCAAGGACAAGCCCCCCGCACCCAAGCCUAAACCAAAGAUAGAGUUGGUCUAUGCAGCUCUUUCAAAGGGCUGCCUUGAACAGCCGAAUCCUAAUCCUCAACGAGAAGCUGCACAGCCCACAGUCUACUCCUCUCUCCGCUUCACCUGACUCAGUCAGACUUUUAUAUUAUAGAGACCUUAACCCAUCUCCUACUCACUGAGCACACACUGGUUGAAUCAACGUUGUUUCCACGUAAUUACAAUGAAAGUACGUGGAACCAACGUGGAAUAAGUGAAAGGGAAAGGGGGAUACCUAGUCAGUUGUACAACUGAAUGCAUUCAACUGAAAUGCGUCUUCCCUAUUCAACCCAAACCCCUCUGAAUCAGAAUAGACGUUGAAUUGACGUCUGUGGCCAGUAGGUAGUGACCUCGUCAAAUGGUUGGAUCUCUUGGCGUAAAGGCGUUGGCUUGACAGUCGCUGGACCCAGGUUUGAGUCCUGACCCAGGCUAUCCCCUGAAUUCACUACAAUAUUCACCUCCGCAUGGAACAGACUGUUUCGACCAAGUGGUCACAUUUCAGAGCUCUGUGGAUUGAAUGAUUUCAGAUGCGUUCUGUAUUUUGUAUGUGUCAUGCAGUGACUGCUAUCCACGCACUCAGCUAGAUGAUGUGAUGCCAUGUGAAAAUCAUCUGAGAAUAUAAUCUAUGUUCAAUGUUCUAAAUAAUGAUGUGUGCAACAUGAUUUUAUUUGUUAACACUGUAGUUAAUUAUGUAAUUGGUGGAAACUACUUUCUCUGCUGUGUGUUUUAAUAAACAAACUAGAACUGA